GAAAAUUUUCAACCGGAUAAUUUGUAAUUAAAUCCUUGCUUGAUUGAAAAAAAAGAAACUAUGCCUGUGGACCAGGUCAUCAUAUCCUACUUGCGCAGGCGAAACUGCAUCAAUGUCCUUCUGCUCAGAUCGUUGGACCUGCUUCAGCCCGACACUCUCACCAAAACCCCCUACGAGAUGAUCGAGGUGUCUCCCAACGGGAUCUGCUUCUCCGAGCAAAACCUGGAGUAUCGCAUAGACCUGGAUGACAUCUUCGAGCUGGCCGUCAAGUCCGAGGACGGCGACCCGCUCUAUGGUAUGGGCGAGCUGAGGGCCAACAAUGUGUCCUUCGGACUCUAUCUCCAGCAAAUUGAUUUGCGGAAGUUGGAUCAGUUCACCGUUGACGUGUACGUGGGUGAAUUGCCGCUGCGCAUCAAUUCCACGGCGCCCUGCUCGCUCCACUGCAGCAACUGCGCCAACGAGGUGAUUCGACGGCAGCAGUUCCUCAGGAUCCAGCCAGUCCCUGUGAUAACGAUGCGUCCGAAUAACUUCUUCUGCGGUCGCUUCAAGAUCCCGGUGUAUCCGCAGGAGGACCAGCUCUUUUACGGAUUGAACUACAUGGUUAUUUCCUUCCAAUUGCUGGGCGACGGGGUGCUCCGCUCCUGGGAACGUCGUCAGCUGGAGUGCUCCCGCUGUCGCCAGGUCGUGGGCGAGGUCUUGGGCCAUGAUGUGGCCAUCCAAUUGUUUGCGGAUGCACUGCGCGUGAUGACUGACGGUUCUGGCACCAAAUUUCCGGUCAAGUUCAGGGAGAUCUUUGGGCACGUGACCGCCACCCAGUUGAUGGUUCGCUUGCUCCACGACACCGAGCCUUUUAAUCCCGAGAAGACGCGCCUACUUGUGAAGGCCGUGCGUCCCGAUGGCCAGUUGCAUUACCUGCAGAUGCUGGUGGACACUAGCCAGGUGCACCUCCUUCGUUCCCAGCUGCCCAUCCCUAGGGAGCUAGAACUUACCAAUGAUGCGACUUCUGCGCCGGAACAGAGUGACUCCAGUAGCGAGGGUGACCUUGAGCUCAAGAACAGCGACACCAGUGGCAGUAGCAUCAACUCCGCUCCUCAAGAAGAGGAGGAGGACACGGAGCGCCCAGAAACAACUCCAUAUACAGUUGACUGUCACUCCCAGCCACCCGAGGAAGUUCCGAACAUUAUCAUCAGCUAUGUGGAACUUCACGGCUGCCGCGGAUGCCGCAUAAAGUACCUGUUCUCGGGAACCGAUCAGGAGUUACAAGCUAACCAGGAUAUCUUGGAUCAGUGGCUGGAUGAGGGUACCCACGAGAUGCGCGUCUCCUACCCUAUGAUGAUGGAGCUGCUCGCCGAACUGAACGCCAACGAGAACAUGGUGGCCGCCCUGGAGAAACUUCCGGCUCCAAAGAAGUGCACCCGUCCGCGUCUCAGCUAUAUUAUCUAUGAGAAAGACAGCGACUUCUAUGCCAGACAGCAGCUACCACUUUCGGAGCUCGACAUCUAA